AUGGCUAGCAAAAAACUCAGUGAAAAAUUGCCACAACCUGGAGAAUUCAUUAUCACUAAAAAAGGCGAAUAUGAGUCAAUAAAAUUAUUGGGAAAAGGUGGCUUUGGAGCAGUAUAUGAAGUAAAACGCGUAUCGGAUUCUGCUGCUUUUGCGAUGAAAUGUGAACUGAUGGAUGUUAGAAAACGGGUAUUAUUAAUGGAUUGCACAGUUUUACGUGGUGCACAAUCACUUGGAAGCAAACAUUUUUGCGAGAUUAUCGAUCGUGGGAAGCAACCUGAUCGUUUUAGAUUUAUCAUUAUGAAAUUGGUUGGUCGAAAUUUAUGGGAUCUAAGGGUGGAACGACCGGAACAACGUUUCACGUUAAAUACAGCAUUGAAAGCAGCGGAACAAUGUUUGGAAUCAAUAGAGCAUUUACAUACUGUUGGAUUUUUACAUCGAGAUAUCAAACCAGGCAAUUUUGCAAUUGGACGGCCAGAAGUCAAGGAACAUCACACCAUUUUUAUGCUUGACUUCGGGUUAUGUAGACAAUUCAGUUCUGGUAGCAAAGAUUUACGGUUGCCUCGUGUUUCUGCUCCAUUUCGUGGUACAACUCGUUAUGCGUCAAUUGCUGCGCUGCGACAAAUGGAACAAUCACGAAAAGAUGACGUUGAAUCAUGGCUUUAUAUUACCGUUGAAUGGACUGCUGGUUCUUUGCCAUGGAGAAAGCUGAAGGGACUUGAUAAAGAAGAGGUACUACAAUGGAAGGAAGAGGUACGUGAAGGUGAAGCAAUGGUUGAUUUUUUUAAGCAAUGUCCCAGACGUGAAUUUUCGACAAUAAUGAAAUACAUUGAUUCAUUAGAAUAUGAAAGUAUACCAGAUUACGAUCAUAUUUAUUACUGUAUACAACAUGCUGCUAAGAUAUCAGAUGAUCCGCUUGACUGGGAUCCGGAUCAUAAAUAUCAUGGACCAACUAUAAAUUUGAUUGAAAGACAAGCUAAACAAGCAAAAUAUCAACGACAUCUGGUUACAGCAAGAACACAACUUUCUAAUUGA